CUGCAGUCAAACACUGGAGCUGAAUGUCAACAUUAAAGAUGAAGAAGAAGAGGAGGAGAAGAUUGGGACAUCUGUUUCUCAUGGGUCCAGAGAUGGCAUCAGUGAAGCUGGAGGACUGCAGUCAAACACUGGAGCUGAUGAAUGUCAACAUUAAAAAUGAUGAAGAAGAGGAGGAGGAGAAGAUUGGGAAAUCUGUUAAUCAUGGUAAGAGCAGGUUCUAUCUAACUAUAAAUUAUCUUGAUAAAUUAGACCUCCAGAGAUUAUCACCCAGUCUGUUAGGUUGAAUUCUGCAAUUCUGACAUCCAAUUCUCUUCAACGCUUUUGAAUGGGGAAAAUGUUGAAUUGGAAUUUGGGAUACUUUGUGAAUUGACUAAUUGAAAUGGAAUUGACCCUGCCAGUUGAUAACCCUUUGCGAUAAUGAGUGGGGGGAUGAUAUAGCUAACACUUUUCAAAGGGAAAUUGGUUUUGAAGUUUCUGAAUCUGAGAGAUUAAGAUCAGUAAAACAUAUAUUUACCUGUAUUUAGCACAUUUUUUAAAACUAAAGUACUUCAAUAUAUACUUAAAAUGUUUUUUUUUUACUGGUACGUGUUACAUUGACACUUGUGGGCGUCCGAGAGAAAAAUGUACUUGUUCGUGAGUCUCAGCUUGUAGGCGGAACUUUUCGGACGAUACAGACAGAAGUUAGUGUGUCCUGGUCUGACAAACAACACCGCAGCUCUGCCACGGAAGGACGACAUCAGCGGAUGCGGUGGACUGAGACGCAGCCCAUGUAAAAAUACAUCUAAUUCUCAAAUAGAAGAAUUUUGAUGGGGGUUUCCUUAUUAUUAUUAUGCUCACCGAGUGUUGGCUAGCUAACUGCAGAGGCAUAACUGUAGCUAGCUAACUGCAGAGGCAUAACUGUAGCUAGCUAACUGCAGAGGCAUAACUGUAGCUAGCUAACUGCGGAGGCAUAACUGUAGCUAGCUAACUGCAGAGGCAUAACUGUAGCUAGCUAACUGCAGAGGCAUAACUGUAGCUAGCUAACUGCAGAGGCAUAACUGUAGCUAGCUAACUGCAGAGGCAUAACUGUAGCUAGCUAACUGCAGAGGCAUAACUGUAGCUAGCUAACUGCAGAGGCAUAACUGUAGCUAGCUAACGUUAGCAAACGUACUUAACUAAAUUUAGCUAGGUAGCAAACGUUAGCUGACGAUAUUAUUAGGCCUACCAACUAGGCCAGCUAGCUAACAAGUUACCAUAGCACAUUGUACAGAGUAUACCUUCCAUGUAGUAUAUUGAUUUUUUUUUUUGUAUUAGCUAUCUAGUUUUCUAACAUUGACUAGCUACGUAGCUAGCUAAAUUACCUAACCUACAGCUGGCAAAUAGCUAUGCCAAGUUCGCUACUCGCUAGCUAGCGGGGCUCACCUUUGUGUGAAGUUUGCCACAAUAACGAUUAUAAAUAACAGUGGAAUUUACGGUUCGCCUUCAUAAUAAAAGUCCCCCAUUGGAAACAACAGUCGUCUCAAAUAAAGCUGCGAAGGACCUCGGCGUUACUCUGGACCCUGAUCUCUCUUUUGACGAACAUAUCAAGACUGUUUCAAUGACAGCUUUUUUUCCAUCUACGCAACAUUACAAAAAUUAGAAAUGUUCUGUCCAAAAAUGAUGCAGAAAAAUUAAUCCAUGCUUUUGUCACUUCUAGGUUAGACUACUGCAAUGCUCUACUUUCCGGCUAUCCGGAUAAAGCACUAAAUAAACUUCAGUUAGUGCUAAAUACGGCUGCUAGAAUCCUGACUAGAACCAAAAAUGUUUUUGAUCAUAUUACUCCAGUGCUAGCCUCCCUACACUGGCUUCCUGUCAAAGGCAAGGGCUGAUUUCAAGGUUUUACUGCUAACCUACAAAGCAUUACAUGGGCUUGCUCCUAUCUAUCUCUCUGAUUUGGUCCUGCCGUACAUACCUACACGUACGCUACGGUCACAAGACGCAGGUCUCCUAAUUGUCCCUAGAAUUUCUAAGCAAACAGCCGGGGGCAGGGUUUUCUCCUAUAGAGCUCCAUUUUUAUGGAAUGGUCUGCCUACCCAUGUGAGAGACGCAGACUCGGUCUCAACCUUUAAGUCUUUACUGAAGACUCAUCUCUUCAGUGGGUCAUAUGAUUGAGUGUAGUCUGGCCCAGGAGUGGGAAGGUGAACAGAAAGGCUCUGGAGCAACGAACCGCCCUUGCUGUCUCUGCCUGGCCGGUUCCCCUCUCUCCACUGGGAUUCUCUAUUACAUUCUCUAACCCUAUUACAGGGGCUGAGUCACUGGCUUACUGGUGCUCUUUCAUGCCGUCCCUAGGAGGGGUGCAUCACUUGAGUGGGUUGAGUCACUGAUGUGAUCUUCCUGUCUGGGUUGGCGCCUCCCCUUGGGUUGUGCCGUGGCGGAGAUCUUUGUGGGCUAUACUCGGCCUUGUCUCAGGAUGGUAAGUUGGUGGUUGAAUGUAUCCUUCCAGUGGUGUGGGGGCUGUGCUUUGGCAAAGUGGGUGGGGUUAUAUCCUUCCUGUUUGGCCCUAUCAUCGGAUGGGGCCACAGUGUCUCCUGACCCCUCCUGUCUCAGCCUCCAGUAUUUAUGCUGCAGUAGUUUAUGUGUCGGGGGGCUAGGGUCAGUUUCUUAAAUCUGGAGUACUUCUCCUGUCUUAUCCGGUGUCCUGUAUGAACUUAAGUAUGCUCUCUCUAAUUCUCUCUUUCGCUCUCUCUGAGGACCUGAGCCCUAGGACCAUGCCUCAGGACUACCUGGCAUGAUGACUCCUUGCUGUCCCCAGUCCACCUGGCCGUGCUGCUGCUCCAGUUUCAACUGUUCUGCCUGCGGCUAUGGAAUCCUGACCUGUUCACCGAACGUGCUACCUGUCCCAGACCUAUUAUUUGACCAUGCUGGUCAUUUAUGAACAUUUGAACAUCUUGGUCAUGUUCUGUUAUAAUCUCCACCCGGCACAGCCAGAAGAGGACUGGCCACCCCUCAUAGCCUGGUUCCUCUCUAAGUUUCUUCCUAGGUUUUGGCCUCCUAGAGAGUUUUUCCUAGCCAACGUGCUUCAACACCUGCACUGCUUGCUGUUUGGGGUUUUAGGCUGGGUUUCUGUACAGCACUUUGAGAUAUCAGCUGAUGUACGAAGGGCUAUAUAAAUACAUUUGAUUUGAUUUGAGGUCAAUAUUGGGUUAGUUACACAAAUAUUAAGUGUUAGCAUGCACUUUUGUAGCUAGCUGGAUAACCCAAUAACUAGUUGUCAAGGCCUAGGUAGCUAUAGGCCUAAACUAUGGAAAGCAUGAUGAUAACUAUUGUAGGAUAAUGUUGUGUCUAAAUUGUCAUACAUUAUUCUCUACCACAGAUUUCCACAAGAUCUCAGAUUCCAGGAUGGGAAAAUACUUACUAGAAAGAAACAUAUGACAACAGAGACAGAGUUGUUGAUUUCCAUUGUUAUUUGUAACACUAAAAAGAAAAAGACAAUCCCGUUUUUCUAAAUUAGCUACAGUGCAUUCGGAAAGUAUUCAGACCCUUGACUUUUUCCACAUUUUGUUACAUUACAGCCUUAUUCUAAAAUUGAUUAAAUUAAAAUGUCCUCUGCAAUCGACACACAAUACCCCAUAAUGCCAAAGUGAAAACAGGUUUUUAUAUAUAUUUUUUCAAAAUAUAUCUUUAAAAAAACAACCUUAUUAACAUAAGUAUUCAGACACUUUGCUGUGAGACUCGAAAUUGAGCUCUGGUGCAUCCUGUUUCCAUUGAUCAUCCUUGAGAUGUUUCUACAACUUGAUUGGAGUCCACCUGUGGUAAAUUCAAUUGAUUGGACAUGCUUUGGUAAGGCACAGACCUGUCUAUGAAAGGUCCCACAGUUGACAGUGCAUGUUGGAGCUAAAACCAAGCCAUGAUGUCGAAGGAAUUGUCCGUAGAGCUCCGAGACCGAAUUGUAUCGAGGCACAGAUCUGGGGAAGGGUACCAAAAAAUAUCUGCAGCAUUGAAGGUCCACAAGAACACAGUGGCCUCCAUCAUUCUUAAAUGGAAGAAGUUUGGAACCACCAAGACGCUUGCUCGAGCUGGCCGCCCAGCCAAACUGAGCAAUCAGGGGAGAAGGGUCUUGGUCAGGGAGGUGACCAAGAACCUGAUAGUCACUCUGACAGAGCUCUAGAGUUCCUCUGUGGAGAUGGGAGAACCUUCCAGAAUGACAACCAGCACUCCAAAAAUAACUUCUUCCUAGGUUCCUUCUAGGGAGUUUUUCCUCGCCACUGGGCGUCUGCAUUGCUUUGCUCUGUGGGGUUUUAGUCUUGGCAAAAAAAAGCCUUACUCCUGCUCUGACUGUUGGAAGAGUUUCUCUCAACAUGGCCACUUAAAAAGACACCAACAUAUACAUACAUGUGAGAAUCCUCAUCAGUUCUCUGACUAGCUAAGAUUAAAAUCAUUCCUUCACUUAAUUCUCAAGAAAUCGUAGCUCACUCUAUUGUAAUCCUAUUGUUUCUCACUGUGAGAAAAGGGAGCGUUAUAGAAUGUUAGCCUCUCUUUACUUUACUGAUCAGUAUUCACCUUGUCAGUUCUGGUGUGUUUUGUUCGCUUCUACUGUAGAGAUAUUGAUAUGACCUUGGAUUUGCCCUGAGGGUUGAAUAUCCUCUGUGAGGCUGGUUGACUGGGUGGUAUUGCUUCCCCCUCUGUGCGAAUGAGCUGGUAGACAACAUGUAUCAGAUAGAGAUGGUGUGAUGAUCAGUUCUCUGUGGGAAUGAGCUGGUAGACACAACAUGUAUCAGAUAGAGAUGGUGUGAUGAUCAGUUCUCUGUGGGAAUGAGUUAGUAGACACAACAUGUAUCAGAUAGAGAUGGUGUGAUGAUCAGUUUUCUGUGGUAAUGAGCUGGUAGAUACAACAUGUAUCAGAUAGAGAUGGUGUGAUGAUCAGUGUUCUGUGGGAAUGAGUUAGUAGACACAACAUGUAUCAGAUAGAGAUGGUGUGAUGAUCAGUUUUCUGUGGGAAUGAGUUAGUAGACACAACAUGUAUCAGAUAGAGAUGGUGUGAUGAUCAGUUUUCUGUGGGAAUGAGUUAGUAGACACAACAUGUAUCAGAUAGAGAUGGUGUGAUGAUCAGUUUUCUGUGGGAAUGAGUUAGUAGACACAACAUGUAUCAGAUAGAGAUGGUGUGAUGAUCAGUUUUCUGUGGGAAUGAGUUAGUAGACACAACAUGUAUCAGAUAGAGAUGGUGUGAUGAUCAGUUUUCUGUGGGAAUGAGUUAGUAGACACAACAUGUAUCAGAUAGAGAUGGUGUGAUGAUCAGUUUUCUGUGGGAAUGAGUUAGUAGACACAACAUGUAUCAGAUAGAGAUGGUGUGAUGAUCAGUUCUCUGUGGGAAUGAGUUAGUAGACAUGUAUCAGAUAGAGAUGGUGUGAUGAUCAGUUUUCACCAUUAGUUUGGGUGGAUUAUUUUUGUUUAUUAAAUGGUAUUUUAAAACUAGACUAGUUAUUAAUUAUAAAUAUGUUUGGAUAACUUAAUUGAAGCCUGCUUAAUGUAUCUUCCAAUGAAAAGUAAAGAUUGUACAUUAAUUUGUACUGGCCAAACCCUUCUCUUUGGUGUAACGAAUUACACAAAAAACAUACUUUAAGUGACAUAUUUAGUGCUUUUCUGAAGCUUGCAAGACAGGAAGUUUAAAUGAGCAUCACAAAGCUGAAUCUGACAUUCUCUUUAUUGAUCUACUGAAUCAUCAUAGUUUUGGGGUGUUAACUUUACAGUAAAUAUAAUGCUUUGUUUAAUUCAUGAAAUUCCAACAAAUAUAUCUGUAUUUAUCUACACAAUACGUGUCACGACACCUCUACAUUUACAUUUAAGUCAUUUAGCAGACGCUCUUAUCCAGAGCGACUUACACUGGGACAAGCCAAUUUGCAAGUCACCAAUAUUCUCUAAAUCAAAUUAGUGAUGACUGUUUAACAGUCUUAUGGCCUGGAGAUAGAAGCAGUUUCAUUCUCUUGGUACCAGCUUUGAUGCACCUGUACUGUCUCCAACUGCUAGGGGUGGCAGGUAGCCUAGUGGUCAGAGUGAGCUGACAAGUUAACUAUCUGUUGUUAACCCACUGUUCCCCGGGCGCCGAAGACGUGGAUGUCGAUUAUGGCAGCCCCUCGCACCUCUCUGAUUCAGAGGGAUUUGGUUAAAUGCUGAUGACACAUUUCAGUUGAAGCCGUUCAGUUGUACAACUGACUAGAUAUCCCCCUUUCCAAGAUGGUAGCAGGGUGAACAGGCCGUGUCUCUGGUGGCUGAGGUUUUUGAUGAUCUUCCUAGCCUUCCACAGAGAUCAUCUACAAUGCAUAUGUAAUGAGUUGAAAAACUUAGACACUACAAUAGUUUAAAAAAAAAAAAAAAAAGGUUUAUUUGUCUAGCUAAUCAAUCUCCCUUUUAUAUUCUACAUGGUUUAGUAGUAGUUAGUCCAUCAGUCCAAUAAUGUCGCUGUGGUAGUGGGGGGAACAGGAAGUUCCGGGUUGGUGCCCACCAUUCUACAGAAUAAAGAAAACGCCAGAACUGUGCUGACCGUUUCUCUUUAUUAUUACAGACCGACUCAGUUUAAGUCUGAGGCCGGUAACAUCAACAGUGAGGACAAACCCAGCCUGCCUCUCUCCUUCCACACGGAUUCCAAACCUACAGUCACUGGGUCCUGAUUGUGACAGUGGAGCCCAGUUUGCACUGCAGGAUCCAGAGAUGGCAUCAGUGAAGCUGGAAGACUGCAGUCAAACACUGGAGCUGAAUGUCAACAUUAAAGAUGAAGAGGAGGAGGAGAAGAUUGGGAAAUCUGUUUCUCAUGGAGACCAUGUUGAGACAUUCUCUACAUCCAGAGAGCAACAGCAGGAAGAUUACAGAGCUAAGAGGUCUCACCACUGCCCACAUUGUGAGGAGAUUUUCCCAAUUCUAUCAAAACUAGAAAUACACCUAAAAAUACACACAGGAGAUAAUCUGUAUUCCUGCACUGACUGUGGGAAGAGUUUCACAACAUCACAGGCUCUGACAGUUCAUCUGCGAGUCCACACUGGAGAAAAACCUUACUCCUGCUCUGACUGUGGGGAGAGUUUCUCUCAACAGAGCAGCUUAAAAACACACCAACGUAUACACACAGGAGAGAAGCCUUACUCAUGCUCUGACUGUGGGAAGAGUUUCUCCGUAUCAAGCAACUUAAAAACACACCUAAAAAUACACACCGGGGAGAAGCCUUACUUCUGCUCUGACUGUGGGGCAAGUUUCUCUCAACAGAGCCACUUACAAACCCACCAACAUAUACAUACAGGAGAGAAGCAUUACUUCUGCUCUGACUGCGGAAAAUUCUUCACAACAUCAGCUGAGUUAAGAGUUCAUCAGAGAACACACACAGGAGAGAAGCCUUACUGCUGCUCUGACUGUGGGAAGAGUUUCUCUCAACAGGUCCACUUAAAAUGUCACCAGCGAAUACACACAGGAGAGAAGCCUUACUCCUGCUCUGACUGUGGAAAGAGUUUCACCCGAUUGGAUAUAUUAAAAUGUCACCAGCGAAUACAUACAGGAGAUAAGCCUUACUCCUGCUCUGACUGUGGGAAGAGUUUCUCCCAACAGGGCAACUUAAAAAUACACCAACGUAUACAUAAAGGAGAGAAACCUUAUUCCUGUUCUGACUGUGGAAAAUGCUUCACAACAUCAACUGAGCUAAAAUCUCAUCAGAGAACACACACAGGAGAGAAGCCUUACUACUGCUCUGACUGUGGGAAGAGUUUUUCCCGAUUGGCUACCUUAAAAACACAUCAAUGUAUACAUAAAGGAGAGAAGCCUCAUCACUUCUCUCAGACCAACUAAGAUUAAAGUCACUAUCAAUUAAUCCUCAUCCCAUAAAAUAAUUGGCGAUGUUGAAUUGGAUCAAAUGAAGAAAGCUUAGAACACGUUUCUCACUGUGAGAGAACUGUGCAGAAGAAAGGGAGCGUUAUAGAAUGAUGACAUUGGAAAUCAUCUUCCUCCAUCUUUUUUUUAACUUCAAAACAUAGAAAUGCGCCAUUUUCACAUGUGUUGAUGUUGGGGUGGUGCUGGGGAUGAUGAAUAUGAAGUUGAAACAUUUUAAAAUGUCCCUUUAAGGAAAAAACAAUAGGAUGGUGGUUGGUCGGGUGGAUGGAUGGAUCAGCAUAUAACAUGAAAGUCUAGCAACCCAAUGGUUGCGUGUUCAAAUCUCAUCACGGACAACUUUAGCAUUUUAGCUAAUAAGCAACUUUGCAACUACACUACAUGACCAAAAGUACACUACCAUUCAAAAGUUUGGGGUCACUUAGAAAUGUCCUUGUUUUUGAAAGAAAAUCUAUUGUUUUUGUCCAUUUAAAAUAACAUCAAAUUGAUCAGAAAUACAGUGUAGACAUUGUUCAUGUUGUAAAUUACUAUUGUAGCUGGAAACAGCUGAUUUUUUAAAUGGAAAAUCUACAUAGGUGUACAGAGGCCCAUCAUCAGCAGCCAUCACUCCUGUGUUCCAAUGGCAUGUUGUUAGCUAAUCCAAGUUUAUCAUUUAAAAAGGCUAAUUGAACAAUAGCAAACCCUUUUGCAAUUAUGUUAGUACAGCUGAAAACAGUUGUGCUGAUUAAAGAAGCAAUAAAACUAGACUAGUUGAGUAUCGGGAGCAUCAGCAUUUGUGGGUUCGAUUACAGGCUCAAAAUGUCUAGAAACAAAUAACUUUCUUCUGAAACUCGUCAGUCUAUUCUUGUUCUGAGAAAUGAGGGCUAUUCCAUGGGAGAAAUUGCCAAGAAACGGAAAAUCUCGUACAAUGUUGUGUACUACUCCCUUUACAGAUCAGAGCAAUCUGGCCCUAACCAGAAUAUCAAGAGGAGUGGGAGGCCCCGGUGCACAACUGAGCAAGAUGUACAUUAAUGUCUAGUUUGAGAAAGUCCUCAACUGGUAGCUUCAUUAAAUAGUACCCGCAAAACACCAGUCUCAACGUCAACAGUGAAGAGGCGACCCCGGGAUGCUGGCCUUCUAGGCAGUCUCAUACUGGCCAAUAAAAAGAAAAGAUUAAGAUGGGCAAAAGAACACAGACACUGGACAGAGGAACUCUGCCUAGAAGGCCAGCAUCCCGGAGUCGCCUCUUCACUGUUGACGUUGAGACUGCACUGUAUUUCUGAUCAAUUCGAUGUUAUUUUAAUGGAAAAAAAUGGCUUUUCUUUAAAAAACAAGGACAUUUCUUAUUGGCCCCAAACUUUUGAACGGUAGUGUAUGUGAGCACCUGCUCGUCAAACAUCUAAUUUCAAAAUCAUGGGCCUUAAUAUGGACUUGGUCCCCCUUUUGCUGCAAUUAACAGCCUUCACUCUUCUGGGAAGGCUUUCCACUAGAUGUUGGAACAUUGCUGUGGGGACUUUUUCCAUUUAGCCACAAGAGCAUUAGUGAGUUCGGGCACUGAUGUUGGGCGAUUAGGUCUGGCUCGCAGUCAACGUUUCAAUUCAUCCCAAAGGUGUUCGAUGGGGUUAAGGUCAGGGCUCUGUGCAGGCCAGUCAAGUUCUUCCACACUGAUCUCGACAAACCAUCUGUGUAUGGACGUCUUAUUUGUGCUCGGGGGCAUUGUCACGCUGAAACAGGAAAGGGCCUUCCCCAAACUGUUGCCGCAAAGUUGGCAGCACAGAAUCAUCUAUAAUGUCAUUGUAUGCUGUAGCUUUAAGAUUUCCCUUCACUGGAACUAAGGGGACUAGUCCGAACCAUGAAAAACCAUUAGUUUUAGACCAUUAGUUGUCCUCCACCAAUGCACUAUGCAUUGGGGCAGGUAGCGUUCUCCCUGCAUCCACCAAACCCAGAUUCAUCCGUCGGACUGCUAGAUGAUGAAGCGUGAUUCAUCACUCCAGAGAACAUGUUUCUACUGCAUCAGUCCAAUGACGGUGAGCUUUACACCACUCCAGCCAACGCUUGGCAUUGCACAUGGUGAUCUUAGGCAUGUGUGCUGCUGCUCGGCCAUGGAAACCCAUUUUAUGAAGCUCCCAACGAACAGUUCUUGUUGACGUUGCUUCCGGCAGCAGUUUGGAACUUGAUAGUGAGUGUUGCAACCGAGAACAGACCAUUUUUACAUGCUUCAGCACUCAGCGGUCCUGUGUUUUGAGCCUGUGUGGCUUACCACUUCACGGCUGAGCCGUUGCUCCUAGACAUUUCCAUUUCACAAUGACCGCACUUACAGUUGAACAGGGCAGCUCAAGCAGGGCAGAAGUUUUAUGAACUGACGGUGCCACAUUGAAAGUCACAAAGCUCUUCAUUAAGGCCAUUCUACUGCCAAUGCAUGGCUGUGUGCUCGAUUUUAUACUCCUGUCAGCAAAGGGUGUGGCUGAAAUAGACAAAUCCACUAUUUUGAACUAUAUAUACUUUUGUAUAUAUAGUCUGCUUAACAUGGUAAGUAGUUGCAUGCUAGGCUAACAUGUUAAUGUUAGCAACAACUAAUUGGAAUACGUAAAAUAUCAUACGUAUAGCAAAUUCGUAACAUAUUGUACAAAAUCUAAUUCGUAACAUCCUACAAAUCGUAUUACAGUUAUAGGCCAAUGUAACAUAACAUACCGUAAAAUACUAAAUAGUGUGCAAUGUUCUUUUUUUUUUUUUUUUUACAUAUAGUACAUUUUGCUUUGACACCAAGUUGUCCCUCUGCAGUUCUCUGUGGAAAUGAGCUAGUAGACACAUGUAUCAGAUAGAGAUGGUGUGAUGAUCAGUUCUCUGUGGAAAUGAGCUAGUAGACACAUGUAUCAGAUAGAGAUGGUGUGAUGAUCAGUUCUCUGUGGAAAUGAGCUAGUAGACACAUGUAUCAGCUAGAGAUGGUGUCAGUUCUUUUUUUUACUACAUAAUGACUUUUGUUUAAUGAUACACAGGCUAUGAAAUGACUACCCUGUUUAUUAAAUUGUCUUUUAAAACUAGAUUCAUUAUUAUAGUCAUGGAUAACUGUAAUGAACUUAAUUGAUCUGCUAAUGAAAAAAUAAACAUUCUACAUGAA